AUGGGAGCAGUGCUACCGCUAUGGCUCAAGUUUCUGGAUGAAACGUCCAAAGUCGUGACUGUGCUGACUGCGGCGGCACUUCUCUAUACCCGCUCUGCAGGAGUCGCAUAUUUUGUGACUGGCGCAUUAUUAUGUUCAAAACUUGCUAAGGUCAUCAAGAAGGCAAUACGACAGGAGCGCCCAUCACAGUUCUCCGGGCGUAAAGUGUCCUAUGGGAUGCCAAGCUCACAUGCAUCCACGUGCACCUUCUUCGCUGUAUAUAUUACCCUUGCUUGCCUUGAGCUACCUAUCCACCCUACCUUCCCUCGUUUCGCUAUGUUCGCUCCAGUGGUUGUCUUACCAUGGACAUACAUGAUAGCUGUGUCAAGGGUCCGGCUGGGACAUCACACAUGGCCCCAGAUUGCGGCAGGAACUUUACUUGGAGUCUGCUGUGCUAGCUUUUGGUUCAAACUAUGGGUGGAGGAUGUGGCUGGCGUCAUGACAAUUGCAUCAUCAGUAAAUGUCAAGUUCACUAUUGUCUCACUUAUCUCACUUUUUUGGGUAAAUUAA